GCUGAGAACGAACGAUACUGUAUACCCCGCACAGAGAGGCUGCGUGCACCACACGCUGGAGGAACGUGCUCCGAUCGUUUCUUCCGUCUCGAUAUGGAGCCUCAGGCAUGCAAUGUUCAGGAUGAAACCCUAACUCGCAACAAUCAUGAUCGUGUCCAGGACUCCAAAUCGAGCUAUCUGCGAUGCAAGAACGAGAUCGCUUGGCAGAUGGUGGAUCCUUUCACUAGCGCGGGCCUGGCACAGGCUCAGCGUAUGAGCGACGACUCCCAAGCGGUGAGGCCAUCCUCGUGCCACGGUGCCACGCCACCGUUCCUCCUUUCUGCGCCUCAGGAACCCGUGAGUCAACCCCUCUGCCUUGUCGGACGAUAUACUCGUUGCUAA